CCGCGCGCCUACUACGGCGACUACCACUACGCGCAGCAGCCGCAGCCGCAGCCGCCCCUCGCCUACGCCUACCCGCCGCUCCCCUACUACUACGAGCAGCCGAGGCAGCACCCCGGCUACGGCUUCUACAACUACGACGACGAUGUGGUGUCCUCCGAUCCGAUAGAAGACAUUGAGGACGAGAUACAGCAGGAGGCGGAGCGCGAGCAGCGGGAAGAGGCGCUGCCCAUCGGGCAGGAGAUGUGGUUCGAGCACAGCAGCCCGCGCGACGACACAGCAGAGGUCAACUCGCAGUUCCUGCGCAACCUCAUUCUGAGCCAGCUCUACAGCGACGAACAGCAGCGCCAGCGCGCCGCCGCCGCUGCCUCCCUCUACCCGCACGCUCAGUCGCCUCAGCUCUACCUGCACCCACAGGUGCAGCAACAGGUGCCGUACGGCCUGCCGGUGCUGCCCGAGCACGAGGAGCGCCUGCUGGCGGACGACGCGGCAGCCUGGGAGUACACGUCGAGUGCGCGCCAGCUACCCUACCCGUACGGCACCGAGGAGGACGCGGCGCCCGCCGCCUACGACGAGGACGUCGUCGAACUGAAGUCUCUGGUGAAGAAGGCGCGCCAGCACGCCGCCUCCGCUUCCCUCGCUACGCAGAAGCGGCCAGAGUUCGCGACAGAGCUGGGCCCCUGGUUCGAGGGCGGCAUGCGCUUCUCUGACAGGAAAGCUCCCGCCGGCGACGCGAACCAGGCCGCGGCCACCACGAGCACCUCCACACCUGCGCCAGACACCGCGACGACGACGUCGACGACGACGGCGCGCCCCGCCUUUGACGACAAGCGGCGUGGCAUGAAGGAGGUGGCCAUGCCGAGGCCGGCCACCCCUGUGCGGCGGCCCACUGGGACGCGAAGCGGCAGCGGUUCGCAUACGUCCGUCUACGACACCAUCAGGCACCUGCUCAGCAUGGAGGCCACGCUACAGGAGAAGGAGGAGGUGAGCCGGCGACCUCCGCAGAAGCGGUUUGUCAGCAGUGAGGAGGCGCUGGUGGAGCAGCUGGGCGGCCUGCACAAGCCGCUCUCCACAUAGGCGCUGCCCGCCGCCACACCCCGGCAGCCCGCGGCCUCUGGGCUGGGCUGGUCGCUCCGUCUCCCCACCGCCGCGCAGUCCGCUACCCCGUCUGUACCUGCGGGGGAAAUUUUCGUUUCCAUUUAGGUUUCCUGUCCGCAAGCGCGUAUGCUCCGACGUGUCACCGAGCGGCCACACUCAACCUGGCGGCUCUGCUGAGUGUCCGAAACAACCCACCAGAUCGUGCUUCUCGGAGAAAGACUGAACAACACGGCCUAAAAAUGAAGCAGACACGCGAUUGACGACACGGAAGCAUGUCUAGCGAGGAUUACAUUAUUUUGCUUUUCUUUUUCUCCAAUUUUUUCUGUAAUUUGUCCUUCACUUCAUAUCAUUCUGGGUGACCACAGUCACGAGUGUGAAAGCGUUGCAAUGAUUGACACUUAAAGAUGCUGACA